CGCCGCGCCCCGCCCUGCCGGCGCCCUCAGCCUAGCGCCGGUCGAGCGCUCCCCUCCCGGGGCUGAGGUGGCGCGGAAGACGCCGGCUCGGCCGCGGCGUGGCCGCCUCCGCCUCUGCGUGUGAGCCCGGGGGGUCGGCUAGGGCGUCGGGGAAGCCGGUAUAUAGUAUUUAAUGAAAAAUCCAUGCUUCAGUGGUGAAAAUGGCGGGCUUCCUAGAUAAUUUCCGUUGGCCGGAAUGUGAGUGCAUUGACUGGAGUGAGAGAAGAAACGCGGUGGCUUCUGUGGUUGCAGGUAUAUUGUUUUUUACCGGUUGGUGGAUAAUGAUCGAUGCAGCUGUAGUGUAUCCGAAGCCAGAACAGCUGAACCAUGCCUUUCACACAUGUGGUGUGUUUUCCACAUUGGCUUUCUUCAUGAUAAACGCUGUGUCCAACGCUCAGGUGAGGGGUGACAGCUACGAGAGCGGCUGUUUAGGAAGAACAGGUGCUCGAGUUUGGCUCUUCAUUGGUUUCAUGUUGAUGUUUGGGUCACUGAUUGCUUCUAUGUGGAUUCUCUUUGGUGCCUAUGUUACCCAGAAUACUGAUGUUUAUCCAGGACUAGCUGUGUUUUUUCAAAAUGCACUUAUAUUUUUUAGCACUCUGAUCUACAAAUUUGGAAGAACUGAAGAGCUGUGGACCUGAGAUCACUUCUCAAAUCACGUUUUCCUUUUGUUAUAUUCUAUCUGUAGAUAAGUUUUUAUCUCAGUAUAGUUUACACAUUGCCAAAUGGAAUAGAUUGUACAUUAAGUGUUUUGUCUCUUUACACUUUUAUGCCCUGAGUUUUUAAAUAGUUUUAUGAAAUUUCUGUCCUUUUUUUUUCAUUGAAUUAGAUUGUUAAUAUGUACAUAGUAUAAGACUAUAUAGAUGAGAUGAGGAGUGUCAGUUUUUUUAUUCUUGAAGACUUAAAGCUUAAUCUGUUCCCUGAGCCAGGGUUGUAUCAUCAUGGUCAUUGUAGCAUUAACUACUUUGCCUGAUUUUCAAAGAUGUGCAAAAAAUACAGCUCCACAUAUCUGAAAUAAGCACUGAGCCAUUAAAAAGGGUAUUUUAGCAAGUUGUAAUUUAUUUUGGCUUAAAAAUGAGAUUUUUUUUAAAGGAAAAAUGUUUGUUCUUAUGUAUAAAAAAAGUGGACUUUUAUAUGAAGAUUUUUAAAAAUGCCCGAAGGACUAGUUUGAAAAUCUGUUCUAAAAAACAAUUCCUCUAAUAAGACUUUAUUUGAGAAAGGGUAAUACAUGAUCACAUAAGCUCAGUUUUACAUGGCUGAUGUAAAAAGACUGUUAGGCAGCUCAGCAACAUGCUUCUUAACAAAAGCAGCUUAAACGGUUGUCUUUUGACAGCCUACUAUUAUCUGAUGUUACCAAAUUCUAUAUCAAGCAGUUUGAAGACAAUUGCAGUUUAAAAGCAUGAACCAUAUAACAAAAAGUGGAAUAAUUAGAUUCAGGAUAAAAGCACACUUCCCAAAGGGGAUCAUCAUGACCUAGUGAAAAAUUAGGCAUUUCAUCCACUCAGUGACUUGACUGCAAGUCUGUCUUUGCUUUAGCUCUCAAAACUUUAGGUGAUCUCUCCCUGCAAAAUACAUCUUUAACCUGAAAGUUCUUACUCCAGUCAAAAGCUUCUUUUGCUGAGUGUGAAAUACUGUAUUUGCACUGUGUGUAUUCCCCUGAGAGAUUUCAAAGGGAGAGCUGGGUCUUUAUUUCUACUUUGGCUUUCCUUUGUUUUUUUUGUUGCACUUUUCAACAGGUUUUUUGUUGUUGUUGCACUUUUUUCCUCCAGAGGGACUUUUCUAGAGCCUUUUGUUGUAAGACAGAAUAAUAUUAGUGAUAUUAUAUGCAGCUUCUAACAUAAGCCGUGUUUUGCUUAACAUCUCUCCUCUCUGAGGUUUUACCGCGCACAGAGUAUGAAGCAGUUGUGGAAUGCUGUGCCUUUGUCUGAUAUCAUCUUGUUUAAUCACUUUCUCUUUGUUGUUUUUUCCUUCAAAAAUACUGUCUCGCUUCCAAUAAACUGUAAGACUAAUUAAUGUUUCCGCUCCCUUGUAACUUGUUGCAAUAAAUAUUACUUCUCACA